AUGAAUAAUGUGAUUAUUGGAGGCUAUGUAGUUCAUCGUGCAGUGAACCGAGCCACGAGGGUGUUGGAGUACACGAUUCAGGAACUUCAGAAUUGUGAUCAGCCUGAACAAGAAAAGCUCCCUCAGGCAUUUCAGGACUAUGAUGUUAAUCCUGGAACUGAUGCGUACACUGAUGUUUUAUGCUUGUAUAAUAAUCUUCUUUUGAGCUUUGCACAGUCUGAUGAGUUAAGCCUUGCUGUUAGGAUAGUAUUGGAUAACAAGCAAUUUUUGAAGGAAUGGCCAUUUAGUGAUGAUCCAGAUGACAGCUUGUUGAGGUUCAUUUGUUGCAUUUUGCCAAAUUCUAAUGGUUUGGAAGCUGUAUUUACAAAGGGAUAUCCCCCAGGAGAGGUGGUUGAAGUUCCGCUACACUCAACAAUUGGUGAUCUAAAGAUAGCAGUUGAGUCUGCAAUGAGGGACACUUACAAUUUGAUGAUAACAGAUAUUGCAGGGAUGGAGCAACUGGAAGAUUAUGAAGUGUAAUUCUGAUCGUAGGAAAGUUAUUUGAUAAUCUACUUUGUGCAAAAUCCAACGUCAAUCAUAAGCAUAGGAUAAGAGCACAGCACUUCUCUUCCGACCAAGUGGUUGGGCUUUGAAUAAGGAAAGUGGGAAAAUCCAGUGUUGGCUGCUGGUGAAGUGUAGUUUAUCAAUUCAUUACAAGAAAAUCAAUGU